CCUCAACAAUUUCAGCUUCCGUAGCCAUUUACCAGCCACAUGCACGCAACCUUCAACUAGGUUUCACAAAAACAAAAGUUUACAAAAAUGGCCACAGAAUUCUAUUCAUAUAACUACUCUACUAUAACCACCAGACCACCAUUGACCAUUAAGCUUGAAUAUUAACUACUAAAAGCUUAGUUUAAAAUAAGUCCUGCUCAUUUCUAUCUUCUUCUUCUCUUCGAAUUUAGAGUUCCUAAUUACCACAUUAAUUACGAAUCUACCCAUACAACUAAUUAAACUCAUAUUUUUCGGUUAUAAUUAUAAUUUUUUGGAUUUUUUUUUUUUUUAAAUGGAAAGCCAAGAAGCGGAUUAGGAUCGACACAGAGCCCCAUAUCUUUUUCGUUCAUGCUUAUAUCUCCUAUCGAUCACCGAUCCUGUGAAAUUAGGCAAUGUGCGUUCAAACUUAUGUCUCCUAUCGAAUCAUCACCAAGGUGCUUUUGAUUUUUCAGCUAUUUAAUGUUUAACUUACUGUAUAUAUUUAUUUAAUUGGAUGAUUAUGUUAUAAGAAAUUUGAUAGAAAGAUUAUAAAGUAGUGUAAUUAAGAUUUGAAUGCUCAUACUUAGUGAUCAGGGUACUGUCUAUAUCUAAAAUGCGCUGGGAGUCUUUUGUGGAUAUAUAAAUUUUUUAAAGCCCUGAUCCCUGGGACCAUCAAUGUUAUAAACUUUUUUCGUGCCGCCAUCUACACUGUGCACUCCCUUCGUUUUCCGGCCGGCAUCUAAACUGUGCAGUCCCUUCGUUUUCCUGGGAGUCUUUUGUGGAUAUAUAAUUUUUUUAAAGCCCUAAUCCCUGGGACCAUCAAUGUUAUAAACUUUUUUCCUGCCGCCAUCUACCCUGUGCACUCCCUUCGUUUUCCGGCCGCCAUCUAAACUGUGCAGUCCCUUCGUUCUCCUGCCGCCAUCUAAACUGUGCAGUCCCUUCGUUCUCCUGCCGCCAUCUACACUGUGCACUCCCUUCGUUUUCUGGCCGCCAUCUAAACUGUGCACUUUCUUCCUUCCGUUUCUCCUUUGCUUGUGAUAUUUCUCUCUCAUGGAAAAUUUGGAGGUGUUAGCUGCGUACGACGUGGAUGACAUCCUCAAAAGGUUGCACGAGCAGAUAAUGGGAGACGAGAACAGAUUGUUCCAAACAAGGGCCGAGAACAAAGCCAAAAAAAAUUCCAUAUUUGGAACUUUAAACCGUUUCGAUGGAAAGUCGUUUGAUUCGGUUCAAUCACAUAAAAUUUUUGAGUUAGGGAGUCUUGUUUGCGUGUUCACCAAACAUGGGUCCGGCGAGGUCAAAGACAAAGCCGUCAACAUUCUUAAAAGACUCAAAAAUCAUUGUGUGACUCUUAUGAAUGCUGACUCCCAGGUAAUCGAAAAUUUGUUCAACGAGACUGUUAUGAAUGCUGACUCCCAGGGAAUCGAAAAUUUGUUCAACGAGACUGUUAUGAAUGUUGACUCCCAGGGAAUCGAAAAUUUGAUGCCCCUGCUGAACCCCGGUUGGCAAGCCUUCAGGUCCUGGAACCCGGAUCCGAGCACACUGAUCUCAGAUCCGUACCUAACUCCAAACACGUUCNAUGGUGAUGGUUUUGGCCCAUCUUUGGGUGUAAAUUUUGUGCAUGGAACAAGGAUCCCAGAGCAUACAUGUCACAAGCUAAUUGAAAUGAAGAAAUGUGAGAUUGAGAAAUGCAACCAGGCAUGCUCAGAAUUCCCAAAUGCUGUUGGGGAGUUAUACAAGAGCAUGAAUGCGCCAAAAUCUUGCAUUAUUUUCUUCAUAUAUGAGUUAGGGCAAUCUUUGUCAGAUUUUGGUAAAGCAGCCAAGCUUCUUGGUGCUUGUGAAGGAGAUUCUCUUGGAAAAACGUUUUCUGAGCUUGGGGUGAAAUCUGAGACAUUAUCAAUAAAGCUGCAGAAGGAGGCCCAUCAACUCUUGAUGAAUUUUGAAGAACCCUUGAAGGACUAUGUUCGGGCAGUGCAAUCCAUUAAGGCAACGAUAGCAGAAAGAGCUAAUGCCUUCAGGCAACAGUGUGAACUGGCUGAAACCAUCAAGUUGAAGGAGAUAAACCUUGACAAGCUCAUGCUGACACGGUCUGAUAGGGUUGGGGAGGCCGAGAUUGAGUACAAGGAAUUGAAGGCAGAGAGUGAGGAGGCAACGAGGAGAUUUGAGGUGAUUGUACGCUUAAUGAAUGAAGAGAUAGUACGAUUUCAGGAGCAGAAAACAUUGGAUAUGGGAAUCGCUUUUCAUAAAUUUGCAAAAGGACAGGCACGACUAGCCAAUAGUAUCGCUGAUGCCUGGCGAAGUCUCCUUCCAAAACUUGAAGCUUGUUCCACAUAAUCAGUAUUUACUAACCACCCACCGAGCAAAGUUCUUGUUUCAGUAUUUGGUUCUUGGGAAAUGGCAGGGGCAGCUCUUGCAUUUUAAAAACUUGACUAUGGGGAAUUAAACUCCCUGCUAUUUGACGCUGUAUGUAUUGAUGUUAAUUUUACACCUUCGCUUGUACAAAUUUAACACUGGGUGAGUCAAAAAAGCAUUCAUCCUUUUAAGGUUGCAAAAUUUCAAAAUUUUCAUGUGUAUUACAAAAUUUAGCUUCAUUUUUAUAGUUAGAUAAUGUGCAUAAAGCUGAAUAAACUCUUCUU